AUGGGAAGUUUGCUGAAAAGCAGAAACUACAGAGGUUACAGCUCUACGGAUGAGGAGGACAUAAUACACGAGGCAGAACCUUGGGAGAUCCCAAAUCGUACCAAAAAGUGGCUCAUCACUUUAGGUACUCUUGUCGCCGUCUGUCUUUUAUAUAUGUUUUGUUUCUUAUUGCCCAAAAUGUUUAUUCCUGAGACCAAAGAGUUGGUUGGAAUUCACAAAGCAGAGCCAUUGGAUGUCAUCUUGACACCUGUGCUGCUGGAAAAGGCAAAUCUGUGGGGACUUACUACGCUAGAGUAUGAUGAUUUCAGCGAUGACGAUGACGAAGAAGAUGAGCAUGACUUGCGAGUUUCUUCCGAUGAGGAAGUUAAUAUCGAGAGCAAUAGCAUGAAGAAGCUGAAAGAGCGGCUCAUUCUAGUUGGUGAUGUUCAUGGCCAAUACAGAGAAUUGAAGAAGUUGUUAAGAAAGGUCAAGUACAAGAAAGAACGUGACCAACUUCUAGUGUUGGGUGAUUUUAUUACCAAAGGUCCGCACUCAUUUAAAGUUCUUGACUUUCUUAUUGACAACGAUAUCGCGUGUAUCAUGGGUAAUCACGAGUACUAUGUUUUACAGAACUACGCAACAUAUCAUGGUCUUCCGCAACCAUCCUUCGUGAAUGGAACGGCUCCUAGCUUCCGCACAACUGGUAAGUUCAACAGCGACCCUGAGUUCCUUCUCGCUAAGAAACUAAAACCAAAGCAUGUGGAGUAUAUCAACAACUGUCCAGUGAUGAAGGAACUUGGUCAGGUUCCCUUGCACUCAAAGAAAACCAAGGGCAAAUAUGGUCAUACUGAAGGAGUGGCUGUGCACGCAGGUCUCAGGAUGGAGUUUCUUAAGGACUUGAAUGCACAGGAUCCUGAGGACUGUCUUGAGAUGAGGUCCUACAUUGGUCCCUACUACAACGAGACCACUGAUGAUCCCAGCGACAAAGGCGCAGUUUCGUGGUCGAAGAUCUGGAACCAGAAGCAGAAAGCCGGCAAGCUUGACCGCUCUCUUGUUGUGUACUACGGCCACGACGCUGGUAGAGGACUCAAAUUGAAGAAGUUCACUAAGGGCCUCGAUUCUGGGUGUACCAAGGGCGGCAAGUUGAGUGCGUUGGUAAUGUGGCAGGAGAAAUUGAAGGGCUCAGACAAAGUGAUGUAUAAGGAGACUCUUGUGCAGCAGAAAUGCUGA